CUAUUUUGCAACUUCCUGACUCGAACUAUAAAACCGUCGACUGAGCUCUACCUUCGUGUUUUAGGUUGCGAGUCUGAAACUUUCACGCAGGUCAUAAACUGCUCCAAGAUGGACAUCCUCACUGUGUUGCCGUCCAGUUUCGGAUAUGUCAUAUUGACCUACCUGUAUAGCUGGAUUAUGCUGGGUUAUUUGGCAGUAAAAGUCGGCUCUGCCAGAAAGAAAUACGGCGUAAAGUAUCCCACAAUGUACAGCGACAAAGAGCAGCUUUUCAACUGUAUCCAGAGAGGCCACCAGAACACAUUAGAGGUGUACCCCCAGUGGCUCGUCUUCCAAACGAUUGCAGCCCUUGUGUAUCCGUUAUCUGCAGCUGUUCUGGGGACUAUUUGGGUGACCAGCAGGUUCUCCUAUGCCUGGGGCUAUUACACAGGAGAUCCAGCCAAGAGGAUGAAUGGCGCCUAUGGCUACAUUGGAUUCUUCGGAGUCAUCCUCCUGUCCAUAUCUAUCGCUCUGCAGCUGCUUGGAGUCUUUUAAGAUGCUUUUCAAACUAUGUUCGGCCAUUUAGUUAAAGAGUUUAAUGGCUCAUUGUUGGCAAGCAUCACAGUUUUAAAGUGCAUGAACAAUAAAGUCUCUAUACAUAAGUGCUCUUUUCAUUAUAUAUUGUGUACCACUACUUUGAAAUCACAGUUCGUUUAUGUUUUUUGAUAAAAAAAAAAAAAAAACACUUCAUGUAACCAAGUUUUAUCAGAAAAAUAAACAGCUAAACUUUA